AUGUCUGAGGGAGCUUACCAGCGCCUCUGGGAGUCAUCCCACGUGACCCUGCAAGAGCUGCUAGACCGAGAGCAGCCCCUGCUCGAACCCGUGCCGGAGCGGGAGCGGCAGUCCUUCCAGUACAGGGUCGCGUCGCUCUACCUGCGCUACCUGGGGCUGCUGCGCUGUUUCGACACCAUCUACGACCAGAUGGUGCAGCCGCAGAAGCGGCGGCUGCUGCGAAGCCUGCUGGACUGCGUGGCGGGCCGCGUGCUGGAGCUCAAGGACGAGCUGGUGCGCGUCGACCUGAGCGAGAGCCACUGCCUGGACCGCGUGCUGCAGGACCUCAAGCUCACCCCGGCAGAUCUGGAGGUUUCAAUCCCCAAAUACUUCUUGCUGGAGCAGUCCAGCGCUAUUCGGGAGCGAGGGCAGAUGCUAGCAGAGAUCCUGUCCAGAAUGGGGCCAGUGUCCUCCCAGGAGGACUUUCCAGGAAUGCAUCGGACCGAGGCCAUAAUUCUAGUGCAAAAGGCCGAGCGGGCCAGGCAAGGCCGUCUUCGAGCCACCUUCAUGAAAGAGAUUCAGAAAGAGGAGGAGCGGGACUGGAAGAUUCGGGAGGACGGGCAGCGCAAAUUCAGUCAGGACCAAGCAGCUCUCACAGUACAAAAGGUGUGGAAAGGUUACCUGCAGAGGAAACGCACGCAGCAGGACCGGCAAACGGAGAUGGAGUUCAUUGGCAUGCUGCCCCCGCCCAGCCAGGUGGAGCACCUGGACAUCAUGUCCCAGGCCGGCCUCGGGGACGAUAUCCGGAGGCUCCGCCAGAUAGAAAAGGAGGAGGAGUUCCAGGAGGCCAUGGAGAAGGCCGGUAGUUUCCUCAGGGAGACAGAGGGGCCUGACAUGAAGGAGAAGAUGAAGGAGCAGAUCUGUCAGUGGUUCAUCGAGUGCCAUGCCCUUACCGGCCGGUUCCCUGAUUAUCCAGAUGAGUCUCUAGGUGGAUCCUACCUGAUCUUUGCAGACAAAACUCCAGAACAGGUAAGAAUGGAGCUGGAGACGCAGGUCCAGGAGAGCAAGAAAAAGGAGCAAGAGAAAAGUGAGGAAAAAGAAAAGGAUAAAAAACAGAAGAAGAAAGGGAAGAAAGAAAAGGCCAAAAAGGGGGAAGCGGAUGUGAUGCUGAAGGUGCUGCCGUCCAAGUUCACACCUGCGAUUAGCGCGGGGCACGUGGAGUACUUAAACCUGUGGAAGAACCGGCAGGAGAGCGUACACCCCAGUCAGAACUUUGACUCCGAGACCCUUCGGGAGGAGAAGAGGAAGGAAUUGGAGCAGGAGAUCCGGGUGCAGGUGGAUGAGCUGAUGCGCCAGGAGCUGAGGAACCUGCGCCUGGCUGUGGACAAGGAGGAGGAGAGGCCCUUGAAGGCUCCGAAGAAAAAGCCUGGGAAGAAAACUGGGAAGAAGAAGGAAAAAGAUCUGACCCCAGACAGGUCUGUAGACUCUCUGUACAGAGAGCUUGUCGUGUUUGGCCUCCUAAAGAAGAGUGAGACUGUAGCCCUGAAAGACUACAUUGGUGACUGCCUCCAUCUGGGAUCCACACUGACUUUGGCAAACAAGUUGCCCAUGCCCUCCCUGUUUGACAUACGACAGAACAUGGCCUUGUAUGCAGUCCUGCGGCUGGGCUCCCCAGACAUCCAUGCCAUGGCUCCCCUCAUCCGCUCCCUCCUCCUGGUGGGCCCCUCCGGCAUGGGGAAGAAGAUGCUGGUCAAGGCCGUGUGCACAGAAACCGGUGCCAACCUGUUUGACCUGUCGCCUGGCAACCUGCCGGGCAAAUAUCCUGGCAAGACCGGAGCGCAGAUGAUAGUGCAUAUGGUCUUCAAGGUAGCCCGGCUCCUACAGCCCUCUGUGAUCUGGAUUGGAAAUGCUGAGAAGAAUUUCUAUAAGAAGGUCCCAAAAGAAGAGAGACAGAUGGACCCAAAGCGAAUAAAGAAGGACCUCACCAAGGCCAUGAAGCUGUUGGUUCCUGGAGACCGCGUGAUGCUGAUUGGGACAACUGCCCGGCCGCAGCUGGCAGAGCUGAAGGGGCUGUGCCGGGUCUACGAGCGGAUUCUCCUGAUGCCCCGGCCCGACUAUGCUUCUCGCUAUGGGCUCUGGAAGCGUAUGAUAGAGGCCCGGGGGUUCCAAGUGACCCAGAGCCUGGACAUCAGUGCCCUGGCCAAGGUGUCCGAUGGCUACACACCCGGUCACAUUCUCCAAGCCAUCCAAUCGGUGCUGAAUGAGCGGCGGCUCCUGCAAGUGGCCAAGCGGCCCCUGGUGGCCUCUGAAUUCCUGGGACAUCUGGCGAAACUAGAUCCAGUGUACAGGGAGGAGGAGGAGUCCCUGAAGGACUGGUACUUCAAGACUCCACUGGGCAAGAAGAGCAUGAAACUCAGCAAGGACCAGCUGGAGGCCGAGGAAGCUAGGCUGGCCAAGGAGAAGAAGAAGAGGAAAUGA